CUACACUGCAGUUACAGCAGCUAUCGUAUUGGGAUGUGUCCUUGCACUGGUACUGUCUGCAUUUAUUUUCUCUCGAUUUAUGAGAAAAUGGAAAUGGCCGUCUUUGAAAAAAAUAUUGGAGCUUUGUGGCUCUACCAACACAAAGAACAAUUAUUUAAGUGAACCACUUGUUGCUGUUGUGUCAAAUGGAGUUCAGAUAAUGAAACUCAUCCAAGAGAACAAAGAUAAUCUCAAGGCCUGGAUUGGAGUGGAUCCCUCACUCCUCCUGGAACGUCUCAAGGACUAUGAUUGGAUUCCAUGCCAUGUUUACCAAUCAGCCAAGAACGAGCAUGGAGAGGAGUGUGUGGAGCUCAUAGUGGACUACUUCAUCCAAAAAGGAGAGCCGGGGUGUGAAAGGCUGUGGGACGGCCUCUACUCUGUGAGGAUGCACUAUGUGCAGCUGUGGAGGUGGCUUCAGAAGCAGGGUGCUACCAAAACAAGGAGACAUGAUUUAAGUGAACCACCGGUUGCUGAUGUGGCAAAUGGAGUUCAGGAGAGUGAGACGAUGAAACUCAUCCGAGAGAACAAAGAGGAUCUCAAGGCCUGGAUCGGAGUGGAUACCUCACACUUCCUGGAGCAUCUCAACGGCUAUAAUUAUAUUCCACACCACGUUUACAAAGCAGCCAAGAACAAUCAUGGAGAGGAGUGUGUGGAGCUAAUACUGAACCACUUCAUCAGCCAAGGAGAGCUGGGUUGUCUGAACCUGUGGAAAGCCCUCUACUCUGUGAGAAAGCACUAUUUUCAGAUGUGGAGGUGGCUUCAGAAACACGGUGAGGCAGUGCAUUCCAUUAAAGAGAAGAAGUCGGACCUGCAACUGUGGAUCAGUAGAGAUACCCAGCAUCUCCUACAGCAUCUGAAAAGUCAAGGACUAAUCCCUAAUGAGCUCUUCGCUGAAGCCAAUGACAUGAAUGAUGGCAAGAAGUGUGCAGAGCUACUGCUCAACUACUUCAUCCAGAGAGGCAAUGAUGACUGCUUAAAUCUGCUGAUUUCUCUGCAAGCUGUGCAGGAUGAGUAUCUUGAAGUCAAACAGUGGCUGGACUCCCUUGGCACUAACAAAAGAAAUCGAGUUCAGGGGGGCUAUGAGAGUGAAACAAUGAAAAUCAUCCGAGAGAACAAAGAUAACCUCAAGUCAUGGAUGGGAGCGAAUCCCUCACCCCUUCUAGAGCAUUUCUACGAUUUCACUUUGAUUCCACCUCAUGUUUAUCAAGCAGCCAAGAACAAGCAUGGGGAGGAUUGUGUGGAACUCGUACUGGACCACUUCAUUCAACAAGAGCUGGGCUGUGAGAGAUUGUGGAUAGCUCUGUACUCUUUGAGGAGGUACUACAAGCCGCUAAGGAGCUGGAUAAAACAAAACGGUAUGACCCACAUUAAUUAUAACCAUAGUUGCGUACCGUCAGUAUAUUGAAUUUGCUUGGCUUUUGUUAAAACCGACAAGGAAGAACAACCACGCAUAUGCAUGGAUUCUAUACAGAUUUGCCACAUUCAUGUGGUUGUCCUCGCAAGUAAUUAACAUCAUUUUGUGCCGAAUAACUUGACAUCACACAGUGCAUGACUGAACACUCUAAUGUUAAGUUAUAUAAUAGUGAGUACCAUUGUGAGCGUCUACCUACUUGGCACUUUCAUUCUAUUUGCAAAUUGUGGAAUCAUGGAAUAGAAAAUGAAAACAUCUAAAUGAAUAAAUGUAAAACGUAUUCAAAGAUAUGUUGGUCACAGGUGAAUCAGUGCGGUCUGUUCAAGAGAAGAAGUCCAAUCUCAAGCUGUGGAUCAGUAAAAACCCCCGGCAUCUCCUGCUGCAGCUGAUGAUUCGAGGACAAAUUCCCAAUAAGAUCUUCACUCAAGCCAAGGGCAUGAAUAAUGGUGAGAAGUCUGCAGAGGCACUGCUCAACUACUUCAUAUCCAGAGGCAAUGACGACUGCCUCCAGCUGCUGUUUUCUCUCCAAGCCAUACAGGACCAGUAUCCUGAAGUCAAGCAGUGGCUGGGAUCUCUUGCAUUUUUCCAGAGGCUUUGUAAGAAGACCUCUUUGUUUCUAACCAUGUACAAGGAAUCUGUUCUGCAAGAAAAAAUCCAAACCAACACAAGUAAGCUGAUCAAGGCACUGCACUCUGACCUGAGACCCCUGCUGUACCAACUACAGAACCGAAAUAUACUCAGCAACAUCAAUGUGCGGGCAGUGAAAGGAAUGGAGCAGUUUCAAUGCAGAGAGAAGGCGACUGAAUACGUGCUGGAGCUGGUUUGCAUGAAAGGACGACAAAACAUCAAGCAGUUCUGGAUGGCGCUGUGGGAUCUCAGGAGAACCUACAGACAACUGGAGGACAUCUUUGAGCAAUUCUAACUGGACAGCAGUGACGAUUAUCUGAACCGGUCCUGGGCCUCCCCUACAUCGACUCAUCUUCAAAUGAGUACACCUGGUGCAGUGUGUAAAAACCUCGCCACUAGGGAAGCAAAGGUGGUCGGGCAUGGU